AGAAUCGUAUAGUUUCAAUAGUCAUAGCCAUUUUUCUUUGGAUCGGUGGAAUCCACGAGUAGCUUCAUGUCGUCUGGUUUGCAUCCAGUUAUACAAGUAGCUCAAGAAAGUGGUGGUGAUUUGCUAGAAAGUCCUUUUUGGAGCACCGCAACUAACUCACUAUUCUACGUGGAUAUCGAUGGUAAGAAGAUUCACCAGUACAAGUUGGAUACAGAGAAACAUAGGAGUUGGAAAACGAACCAACGAGUUGGUUUUAUUUGUCCUGUCUCGUCUAGUCCUCAAGUGGAUACUGUUAUGGGUGGUCUUGAAGAUGGUCUUUAUUGGUUGGAUUUGUCAUCUACAGAAGAUUGUGUCGAAGAGCAAAUAUGGAGCCAUAAUAUGGAUACUCAUAUAGUGCGCUUCAACGAUGGAAAGUGUGAUAGUAGUGGCCGUCUUUUUGCUGGAUUGAUGGAUUAUCAAUGGCAAGAAAAGUCAUACAGUGAAGCACAAGGAAAGUUUUAUUCCUUUGAAAGUUCGCAACGGCUUCGCAAAGCUGAUUCCAAGAAACCGGUGAAAAGGAAACAACUCGACAAGAUAAAGUCACAAGAAGUUUUAUCUAAAAUAUGUUGCAGCAAUGGUCUUACUUGGUUGAGUGACUAUCGACAUCUUUUUUAUAUCGACUCUGGAAAAUACGAGAUCCUUUGUUAUCCUUACGACAUACAAACGGGCAAAAUAGACAAGGACAGUAAACAGACUCUUGUUCGAUUGGAUAAAAAAGCAAGUGAUGAGUUUUUUGUUUUUGAUGGAAUGUGUUGUGAUAUACAAGACAAGUUAUGGGUAGCGUUAUGUGGAGCUGGAGUUGUGUUACAAAUCGAUGCUGCAACUGGAAAGGAAUUGAUGAGAAUAUCGGUUGGUUGUAAAUAUCCUACUUCGGUAUGUUUUGGAGGUCCUCAUUUGGAUAUUCUUUUUGUGACAACUGCCAGAGAAACUAUGCUGUCUCCAGGUUUCAACUCUCAGGGUGGUUCUCUUUUCAUGUUACAAAUUCCUGGUGUAAGAAGCUCUUGCAGUUCAUAUCCAUUCCUGUAUUAGAAUUCUGAAAUGGAUAAUGUUCAACAAUACAUAUACGAAAUAAACAACAAAAUAAAAAGUUGGUCCAUUAC